AAGCGGAAGCAAAUUUGCCCAAGACCGACCGACUUGCGCGUCGAAGUCGUAGGACUCUGAGCUUUGCUCAUCUUCAUUAUCAUCCAGGCAUCGUCAGCAGAGCUAUAGCAGCGGAUACGCAGCUCAGCAGGAGAGAGAAGAAAGCAGCAAGAAGGUCAAAGAGACUCAAGAGAACAUUUGUCUACCAUGUCACGGUCUUACGAUCGAGCGUUGACCGUCUUCUCGCCUGACGGGCAUUUGUUCCAGGUAGACUAUGCUAUGGAAGCGGUCAAGCGGGGAACGUGUGCCGUUGGAGUUCGCGGAGAACACUGUGCCGUUCUUGGAGUGGAGAAGAAAUCUGCACUGCAACUUCAAGACCCAAGAACAGUCAGAAAGGUCGCCAUGCUGGAUGACCAUGUCUGUAUUGCUUUUGCCGGCUUGACUGCCGAUGGUCGAAUCCUCAUUGACAAGGCUCGGGUCGAGUGCCAAUCCUACCGACUGACUGUGGAGGACCCAGUUUCGAUCGAGUACAUCACUAAGCACGUUGCAGGAAUCCAGCAGAAAUACACUCAAUCCGGUGGUGUCCGACCUUUUGGCAUCUCAACGUUGAUUAUUGGCUUUGAUCCCAACGACGACAAACCUCGCCUAUACACCACAGAUCCUGGAGGAAUCUACUCUGCGUGGAAGGCAUGCGCCAUCGGCCGGGCUUCCAAGACUGUUCGAGAGUUCCUGGAGAAGAAUUAUACCGAAAAACUGAGCAAUGACGAGGCCAUCAAGCUCACCAUCAAGUCAUUGUUGGAGGUCGUACAGACAGGGGCGAAGAAUAUCGAGAUUUCCGUGAUGGAAUCGUUCGGCGUGGUCAGGAAUCUGGAGCAGUCAGAGAUCGAGAAGAUCGUGGCUGGGAUCGAGGCAGAGAAGGAGGCUGAGGCUGAGAGGAAACGUCAACGCAUAGCUCAAACUCAAGCUGGACAGUCAGGCAUGGCCAUGUCGCUUGGAACCUCUACGCCCACUGUUCAGGGUGGAGGCGGAGAUGAUGCUUAGAUACGAACGAAGCAUGCAU